GUAUUUACUGUAUGUAUAUUUUCUCUUUGGCGCUCCUCGAACGAACGAAGUGGACUCUGUCCUGAGUUUUGAAAUUGAAGAAAAAAAGAAGAAGAGAAUGGUGAUGAAGAAUAAGUAGUACGAAACGAUCAUGGAGGAGGCUUCCGUUUUACAGAGAUACCGAAGCGACCGUCGGAAGCUCUUGGAGUUUCUCUUGUCGUCGUCUUCCGGCGCCACCACAGCUACUUUCCUUUCGGACAUCGAUUUUGACAAUCUUAGUGUAGAUUACGUCAUCGAUUGCCUCAUCUCCGGUAGUGUGGUUGAUGUUUCUGAAGCAAGAAAGAAAAAGUUGGAUGAGCUCAAUCAUCCAUCCAUGAUAUAUUCUCAAUCAGGGAGUUCCUAUUUCCUACUUACCAACCCAGAAUUGGCCGGAUUGCCUCCUCUGCGUGCACCUCCUCCUGUAACUGUUGAAAAAGAUUCAUGUUCUACUAAAGAGAUGGAUUCUUCAAAUGGAAAGUACAAUGGGACAGUUGGGCAUGAUUAUAAAGUAACAACAAAUAUGCAACCAAAGACUGCAGAAAAUGUGAAAAUUCCUCCAUUAGGAUUGCCUAAUCUGAGUACGGGAUUGUCUGAUGAUGACUUGCGGGAAUCAGCAUAUGAAAUAUUGCUUGCAUCAAUCUCAUCUUCUGGGGUAGAGGUACAUAAAGUUGAGCCUAAAAAGAAAGAAAAGAAUGGGAAGUUUUUGUUAGGGUUGAAGAAUAAGAAGGACAAAGCACACACCCAGCCUCAAUGUCUUGACAGACACUCACAGCUCAUCCGCACCUUCCGCUUACAGAUGCAGAUUUCAGAAGCAAUGGAUGUUUGCAUCAGGCGUAGGUUGCAAUUAACAAGGGGAACCUGUGGGAAAACUGACAUUCCUCAAAUUUCACUGGGUCUUUUAAAUAGCACUUUCAAGUCUGAUUUUUUGCAUGAGAAGUCUUAUUUGCAAUGGAAGAGUAGACAGGCUGGUAUCUUGGAAGAACUUCUCCUCAAUUCUGCCAAUCUUGCUGCAGCUGACCACCUAACCAUCAAAUGUUCACUUGCAAGGAUCAGGAAUGCUGAGGAGUGGGACACGACAAUGUCUCCUUCAGAACGUGUUGAGGUUCUAACAACUAUCAAACAUGUAGCUUUAAAGUUAUCAUCUCUGCCUGGACAAUUUGGCAUUGAAAGUGAAACCUGCUAUUGGACUGCUGGAUAUCACUUGAAUGUUAGAUUGUAUGAGAAACUACUCUUAAGUGUGUUUGAUAUUCUUGACGAAGGCCAGCUCAUAGAGGAAGCUGAUGAAAUCCUGACACUUAUCAAAUUGACUUGGUCUACAUUGGGCAUCACUCAGAAAAUUCAUAAUGUCAUAUUUGGAUGGGUCCUUUUCUUACAGUUUGCUCAAACAGACGAGGCUAAGCUCUUAGAACAUGCAACUCUUGAGCUGCAGAAAGUUGCAUCAGUCAAAGAGGAUGAUAAGGAGAGAAAUUAUAUAGAAAGCUUAUUGUGCUCUAGGCAAUCUGGUCGCAAGGAAGUAAAGUUAAGUUUGAUACAGGCUAUUUUCUUCACGAUAGGCACUUGGUGUGAUAGUAAAUUGCAAGACUAUCAUCUUCAUUUCAGACAGCAACUUGGUAAUUUUAAGAGGGUUGUGAGCUUGGCUGUAAUACUUGGAAUUCCAACUUCUGAUCAUUAUGGUGAGAUCAAGUUUACAUCAUUGAAUAUUCCGAACAAGGCUUCUGUUAAAAGAAUCAAGUCAUAUGUUGAGAGGUCUACUGAAGCUGCAUACAAGCGGGUAGCAAGUACCAUAGAUCUUGAGUCAAAGAUGAAGAGAAAACAUCCAUUGUGUUUGCUUGCGAAUGAACUUAGGUUAAUUGUUGAGAGAGAGAGGAAUGUGUUCUACCCUGUACUACAUCAUUGGUAUCCUGAAUCCGGGAUGAUUAUUGCCAUGCAAUUACAUCAGAUUUAUGGAGAAAGACUGAAAAUAUAUCUAGACGGAGUCUCAUGUCUCUCUGAAGAUGUUAAAUCAGUGCUUCCUGCUGCUGAUUUGUUGGAUCAUGACUUAACAAAGCUGUACACUGCUUCAGGAGCAAGUUAUCAGGAUCUGCACCAUUAUCCAAUUGGAGAAGUUGCUAAACCUCUCAUUCUUGAUUGGGUGAUUGCUCAGCAUUCACGUAUUCUGGAAUGGACUGGGAGAGCAUUUGAUCUUGAGGGUUGGGAGCCUCUUUCAUUGCAGCAAAGACAAGCAGCAUCCAUAGUUGAAGUUUUCAGAAUCAUAGAGGAGACUGUGGAUCAACUUUUUGGUUUGAACCUUCCAAUGGACAUCACACAUAUACAAGCUCUACUAUCCAUCAGCUUCCACACGUUGCGUGCAUAUUUGGAGAAAAUGUUUAAUCAGUUCGUUGAGAAGAACCAUUUAUAUCCAUCAGCUCCUUCCUUGACUCGUUACAAGGAUACGUCUAUACCAAUAAUGAAAAAAAAGCUGCUGGAGGCUAUUAUUUUGGAUGACAAUUUGAUCAACAAGCUGAAUCACUUGACAGUAUCCAAACUUUGUGUCAGAAUAAACACUUUAAAAUAUAUUGAGAAACAAAUUCAUAUACUUGAAGAUGGCAUUAGGAAAUCCUGGGCGCUUGUUAGAAAGCCUAAUGAUGGAAAAAGGGAUGAGAGUGAGCCUCAUGAAAUUACUAGUUGUGAAGAAGUUGAUGAACUGUUUGCCAAUACCUUUAACAUUAUCAAAGAUACUUCAUUGAAUGGUAUCAAGAAAAUUUGCGACUUUAUAGGUCCAAGAGUUGUGUUCUGGGAUCUCAGGGAUGGCUUUAUCUCUUCUUUGUAUAGCGGUAGUGUUGAAGAUGCUCGUUUGGACAGUGUUCUUCCACAUCUUGACACUGUCCUUGAUCAUGUAUGUGGCUUAAUUGAUGAUACUUUGAGAGAUUGCGUGAUUUUAAGCAUAUAUCGGGCAUCACUGGAAGGCUUUGUCCGAGUGUUGCUUGAUGGAGGUCCAUCCCGUGCAUUUUCAGAUUCAGAUAUUAUAUUGAUGGAGGAUGACCUUGCCAUGUUGAAGGAACUCUUUGUAGCUAAUGGAGAAGGCCUUGAUUGUUCAUUAGUAGAGCAAGAAGCAAAGUUUGCUGAGCGAUUACUGGGCUUAUACUCAGUUCAGACUGAAACUGUGGUCCAAAUGCUUAUGACUGCAAGCGAGCAGAUCUCCAUGGGCUUAGAAUCUCAUGAUAAUGAUCGUACUAAUAUACUUAAUGUUCACACAUUAAUGCGAAUUUUAUGCCACAAGAAAGAUAGAGAAGCCUCCAAAUUUUUAAAGAUACAAUAUAAUCUCCCAAUGUCCUCAGAGUACGAGGAUAACCCAUCAAAGGAUUCAACAUCCACAUCACCUUUUAUAUCAGAUUUUUUGAAACGAAGUACCUCGUUUCAAUGGAGCAACAAGAGCCAGAGUAGUUUCAAUUCAUUUAAGAAGAAACUUCAAGAAGCAACAUCAGAUAUCACGAGGUAGUGCAUUUAGAAUGUAACCUAUAAUGAAGGGACUUAUUAUUUCUCAUCAAACCCAUAUGAUGCUGGAGUAGGUUCGAUCUCAGAAGCUCAAAUGAUUCUUUCUGGUUAAUUAGGUAAGUCAAUUUUGAUUUCUUAUAUCUUGUAAAGCUUUAUUAGAAACCAAAUUAUAGAGAAUUUUGAUAAGAGAAAAAUACACUAUUGAUGGAGAUUCCUUUAUUUUCUUUUGUAGUUGUGAGUAGUUUUGUCAAAAGUAUAUAUAGGACCUGUUAGUGUGCUUAAAAUAUUUUGCUUAAAUCUGCACAAGGUGCACUGUCUGAGUAACUAUUGUUCCUGGGUAAAAUUUAAGAAGAACAAGAGUUUAUAUU